AUGUCGCUCGACAAGCACACGAAACUCUACCUGGGUCUGGCAUUCGCCACCGGCAUCCUCAUAACACUAGGAUACAAGGACUUCUACCCGGACCUCGAACGCCGCUACCACGAUCGCCUACGGAAGAAUCGCACACGCCGCCGCUCCAGUACUCAAGUCUCGCUGGAAGUCAAUGAACUUCAAGAUGACUCGCCAGCCGCUCCUCAGCCCGCGACUGCUAUCCGGGAAGGUAUCGAAGGCGCAAUUGGCAACACUCCCUUGAUCCGCAUCAAGUCUCUGUCCGAUGCCACAGGUUGUGACAUUCUGGCCAAAGCAGAGUUUCUCAAUGCCGCCGGCAACUCGCCCAAGGAUCGCGUCGCUCUGUCCAUGAUCCAGAUGGCCGAAGCUGAAGGCUUCUUGACUCCCAACUCCGGCGACAAGGUCUACGAGGGCACUGUUGGCAGCACUGGCAUCUCACUCGCUGCUAUCUGCCGUGCAAGAGGUUAUACUGCACACAUCUGCAUGCCUGACGACGUAGCCAUCGAGAAGUCCGACCUGCUGCUCCGACUCGGUGCUGUCGUGGAACGAGUUCGUCCCGCCUCGAUUGUCGACAAGGGCCAAUUCGUCAACAUGGCUCGCGCUCGUGCUCAACAACACACUUCUGAUCCCAAUCAGAAAGGCCGUGGCUUCUUUGCCGAUCAAUUUGAGAACCCUGCAAACUACUUGGCUCAUCUGCACGGAACAGGUCGUGAGAUCUUCGAACAGACUGGUGGCCAUCUGGAUGCUUUUGUCGCUGGUGCAGGCACCGGAGGCACCAUCUCUGGCUGCGCUCUUUACCUCAAGCCCCGCCUACCGAAGAUGAAGGUCGUUUUGGCAGAUCCCCAAGGCAGUGGUCUCUACAACAGAGUCAAGCACGGCGUCAUGUUCUCACCUACAGAAAGAGAGGGCACUCGUCGCCGUCACCAAGUCGACAGCAUUGUAGAAGGCAUCGGUGUCAAUCGUGUCACUCACAACUUCGAGGCCGGCAGAGAGCUCGUCGACGACGCUAUCAGAGUUACCGAUGAUCAGGCUAUGAUGAUGGCUCGCUGGUUGGUCGAGCGUGACGGCCUGUUUGUGGGAAGUUCUUCGGCUGUCAAUUGUGUUGCUGCCGUCAAAACUGCCUUGGAGCUGGGUGCUGGGCAUCGCGUCGUCACUAUCCUGUGCGACUCUGGUACGAGACAUUUGUCCAAGUUCUGGGCCAAGGCUGGCACCGUCGGUGGGGACGACGAGGUGACCAUGGACAGCAUUCUGAAUCCUCCAACAUCGAUCUCAUGA